AUGGUGACUCUCGACUUCCUGAAACUCGCCCUCAGGCAGAAGGCCAUAGAGAUGUCCUCCUCGGAAAGGUCCCUUAGUGAAGAGCAGUACAAUUCUGGAUUCGAAAUUCUGAUGCGUGGCAUGGAGUGGAUUUCCUAUCGGGACUUCAUCGUUCCCCAACUAUCUUUGCUAGUCGCAAGUCUCGUCAACUCGCAUGGCUCGAUUUCUGUACUUGAGAUCGGAUCUGGCGGGAAAAGUGUAGUGGGAUAUCUGCCCCGACAUUUGCGGCACAACAUUGAACGAUACGUUGCGUUCGAGCCAAACAACUUGUUCGCGACAAGUCUGGAAGAAUGGCUUUCUCCCGCCGCGAAGAGAGAGUCCCCACUCCCUGGGCUACAAAACCCUCCCGAAGUCCGUCGACUACCGUUUCUUCCACACCACCAUCAAAGGAGUGACAGGGGUCCUUGUGAGAGUUCCAACGGAGAAAGAUUUGACCUCAUCCUUUUUUGCCACAGCAUGUACAGCAUGAGGCCUAAAGCCAACUUUAUUGAACAGGCGAUGGUGAUGCUUCACGAACGACGAGGAGGUGGGUUGGUGGUUGUUUUCCAUCGCGAUGGAACAUUCCGUCUUGACGGUUUGGUAUGCCAUCGAACAUCCUCUUUUCCGACAGGGGCUGUUUGCGUGACAGAUGCUGAUGAUGAACUGGACCAAUUCGCUGCUUUCAUCGCAGGGUUUCUCGAGGCGGAUGUAGAGGCGGGUGGGGGUCUUCAAGCCGAAUGGCGGAAAACCUGCCGCGCCUUAGGCAGUCGGAAAGAAACUUCCCCAAACCAACUUUUCUUCCAAUCGCCAAGCUUUAUGAUAGCCUUCAACAAAAAUGCAACGGCUUUACCGGAGUUGUUGGCGCAGGUUCCCUCUUUGAAGGGGGACAGAUUGAUCAAAAACCGCGAGGCACUUCUACGCCAUCCUGCGUCCCUUUUACGACCGACAGAUGUUCAACAGCUGCAAAAAUGUCUGCAGUGGGCUCUGAAGCAUAGAUUGAGCCUCAGCGUUGUUGGCGGCGGUCAUAGCGGCCACUGUCUAUGGUCGAACGUCGUUGGGGUUGAUAUGAGCGCCUUUGAUCAAAUUCGCAUCAUCCCCGCGGGGGGUGAUGGAGAUGAAUGCAACCCAGACUCUGAUGGCCUCAUUAUUGCCGGAGCUGGCUGUACGACGGAGGACAUCAUUCGCAAAACCAUGGCGGUGGGUUUGACCGUACCCUUGGGGGCCCGCCCAAGUGUGGGCGCAGGGCUGUGGCUUCAAGGUGGCAUCGGACAUCUAGCUCGACUCUACGGGCUUACAUGCGAUGCCAUCGUGGGUGCUGUGAUGAUAAGCGUUGCAUCGAGCCAAGUUCUUUGCAUCGGCCUGGUACCACAGCAAGAACGGCCAACGGGUGCCGUGGUUGCGGAAAACGAAAGUGAUCUGUUGUGGGGGUUGAGAGGCGCAGGUACGAACUUUGGCAUCGUAGUCAGCGUCACCUUCAGAGCAUAUGUGGCCCCGGCUUACUCGAUCCGAAAUUGGCACAUUCCACUGAAUGAUCCACAUGAAGCAACUCUCAAGAUCCACAACUUCAACUCCUUGGUCGCCAAGAAUCUUCCUCGAGGAAUUUCUGCAGACGCAUAUCUUUACUGGGACAUUGGCCAACUCCAGCUUGGUAUCACUAUGUUUGAAUGUUCUACGAUCAGGCUCGCCACGGAGCUUUCGUUGAUCACAGAUGUACGCGCAGUCUUGGGACUGGAAGCCGAGUGCAGUGUGGCGGACGGUGUCGGUCUGUUUGACGCCGAGAUGUACAUCUCCAAAAUGCACGGAGGUCACGGUAGUAGCAAGACAUCCUCAUUCAAGCGAUGUCUCUUUUUGAAGGAUAUCGGGGCGCCGAAUACCGCCGCAGUACUAGUCGCGGCCAUUGAGUCCCGCCCCACACCACUGUGCUAUCUGCAUUUAUUGCAGGGCGGUGGAGCAGUCCAAGAUGUGGCAGCCGAUAUGACGGCUUUUGGCUGCCGGGACUGGGAUUUUGCCUGUGUGAUAACUGGAGUAUGGCCUCGUGAUCAAGAUGGAACCGAGGUCGCACAAGCUGCGAUUGAAUGGGUAUACGGCGUCGCCAAAAGACUAUUGCCGUUCAGCGGCGGGGCUUACAGCGCAGACAUUGGGCCGGAUCCUAGAGAUCUAGCACUGGCAGCCAAGGCUUUUGGACCUCAUCGACCACGUUUACGCCGUCUCAAACAAACCUCGGACCCUCAGAAUGUGCUGGCUCAUACUUGCCCACUCCUGGACACAAGACCGGGCCAGAGACUCAUCGUACUUGUCACAGGCGAUGUUUGUGCCGGCAAGGACUAUUGUGCUGGCGUUUGGGUAUCCGCAAUCACGUCAUGUUCACACAACAGCCUCGCCGCGCGCUCAGUGAGCAUCAGUGAUGUGACGAAGCGGGAAUAUGCGGUUGCUACCGGAGCAGAUGCAACUCGUCUGUGUGAGGACCGUGCUUACAAGGAGCAACACCGUUCAGCGUUGACAGCGUUCUUCCAGAACCAGGUGCAGCAUCAGCCUUGUCUGCCGGAGCAGCAUUUCGUGAAUUUGGUUGAAAACUCCACAGAUGUGGAUGUACUGUUUAUCACGGGGAUGAGAGACGAGGCACCGGUUGCAGCCUUCUCACAUUUGGUUCCAGACUGCAGAUUAGUCGAGGUCCGCGUCCGAGCCAGCGAAAAGAUGCAGUUUCAUCUUUCAGGGUCCCGUGCUGAGGGUCACUCUGAUGCAAACUAUGAAUUCAAUCCUCCUAGGCCCAAGCUAGCAGCGCUUGACCACUGCCCCGGCCUCGUGUUCGAUAAUGAUACGACCGGGAGCGACGCAGCAACGAAGUUCGCCGAAAAACGUCUCCUUGCGUUCUACGCAGAAGACCUACAGCUACUCCGCAAUAUGGCGCGUCCGGUGCCUGAUUUUCCACGUGCGGGCAUCACCCUUCAUCACGUGCUCAAUAUUCCGCAACAGCCGGGUGGGCUGGAUCUGUGCACAUCUCUACUGCAGAACCAUUUCACCGGUGACUGGGCCAAAAUCAAUCGCAUAGCUUGCUGCGAGGCUGGUGCUUUUGUUUUUGCUUCGUCGCUGGCCUCGCGACUCAACAUACCUUUGGCGUUGAUUCGUGAAGCCGGCAAGCUUCCCCCGCCUACCUAUUCCGUCCCCAGAUCCAAAUCUCAUAUCUCGAGAUUGAAUCCUACUAAGGGCAGUAGAAUCGAGAUGGAAAAAUUUUUAAUUUCUCAAAGUUCUUCAGUCUUGAUUGUGGAUGACGUGCUCGCUACCGGGCAGACCCUUUUGGCGGUAUUACAUCUUUUGAGGAUCGCUGGCGUCCAGACUCAGGAUAUCAGCGUCAUGGUUGUAGCCGAAUUCCCCGUUCAUCGUGCCCGGGAACUGUUGCGACGAUCUGGAUUUGGCGGCGUCAAUAUUCAAAGCCUUUUGGUAUUCGAUGGGGACUAA